AUGGCCCCGAAAAAACUGCCGAAGCUCCCGGAUGGGAGCCGCUGGGGGCGCCUCGACCUCGACAACUUCGUGGCGCCUGCGGCGGCGCGGGCCAGCACUGUAGAAGGCUCGUCGCCGCUCCGAGCGCGCCUAUCCAGGCAGGCGCCGUCGUCCAUCGCCAGCGGGGCCGAGAAGAGGCCGGCCGAGGCGCCGGCCUCGAGUGCGGGUAAGAGGGCGGCCGCGGCCUCCGCUCUUCGGCGGCCGGCGGCCGCUUCGAGUGCCAGGGAAGCCGCGGAGGCGGCUGUGACAGCGGGCGAGGAGGAAGCUCGAGGGCCGCUGGAAGGUUUGCCGGAAGCUGGCGCUGCUGGGCGCGCCGAAGACGACGCCUCGGCAGACCCCGUGCGUCGCGAGGGCGCCGCUGGCGGCGGCGACCGAGAGGGUCGGGCAGCGAGCGAGGAGCGCGGCAAGGCGUCGUCGGAAGUAGAGGCCGACGCGGCGGCCGCGGACGUGGAGGCGGAGGCUGACGACCUGCGCCAGCUUGCCGAGGAGAGCGGCGGCGACGGCGGCGAGCUCGGAGAGGAGGAGCAGCCGCGCGAGGAAGACCCCGAGGUCAUCGGAGAUGACUGGUUGCCAGCUUGGCCAGCCCCGAAGGCGAUCGAUGCAGCCGCGGUUGCUAGUGGACAUGCGCUGCGAUUCUUCGGGGAGUGGGUGGACGCCUAUAUGCCCCCCGUCCUCAAAGAGCACGCCGCGUACGUCACGGAAUCGAUGCCCCAGGCGCUCUCGGUGGCGGCGUUUGGCGGCGGAAUGCUCGUCGCGGCGCCCGUGCACACGGAAUUGCAGAGGGUGUUCCAGAAGCACGGUCUCUUGUCGGAGGGUUUUCGCAUCGCUGCCCACUGCCGCACGGACGCGGCUAAGAGCACCAUGGCGAAUCAGCGCGCUGAAGUGUUCGCGAG